GGUGCUUUGGCACCUCUCUGCCAGAGAAUGCCAAAGACAGAGGUGGAGAACCUUGCCGAGAAUGCAAAUUCUCAGCUCCGUGAGGAGAACUCGGAGACAGGGCGCCAAGCGGGCAACACCCAGCCCCAUGCGGCGCCUCUGGAGAGCCUGGGCCGGGCCUCGGCCCUCCACGGCGACGGCCUGCCAGUGCUCCCCGGCCAACAGAGCUUACAGGCCACCGGCAGACACCAAGCCAUCGUGCCAAGCAAGACGGAGCCUGCGCAGGGGCUGGGGACCAGCCGCCAGGCCCGCCCCAAGCUCAGGGCUUCCUGGAGCAAAGCCACCCUGCCAUGGCAGCAGCACUGCCUGGAGGAGGAGGAGCUCCCAGAGCAGACGGGCCACGACCAUCUGGCCUCCCUGCCAUGGCUUGAUGGCAGAGCCAGGCAGGCAAACCCAGAGCUGACAGGCCUGGAGGGACUGGAGGCCAUCUCCAGCCAGCAGAAGGUGCUGGAGUGGCUCGAAGCCUAUUUCGACGCCAGCACUACCUACGCGCUGCCCGCUCUGCCCUGGCAAGAGCCCUGGGCGCCGGCGCUGCAGGCAGGAACUUGCCUCUUGCCCAAACAGCCCCUUGGCCACGCGUCUCCUCCUGCCACAGCUGCUCACGGCCCGGCGCGACACCAGCCACGCUCCCUGUUGGUCAGGCUGCUCGGGGCUGCGCGCAGGCUGUUCCUUGGCAGCUGUGUCCCACCAGAGUGGGAGCAGCAGCGCCGGGCUCACGGCGCCAGGCAGGUGCCUGGAGGUGACCCUGCUGAGCCUCAACGGCGGCCGGCCGACAGCACAGCACGGGCAGGCACCCCGGCCGUGGCUGCAGGGACGGCGCCUCAGCCAUUCGCCUGCCCCAGGCGCGCCCGCCGGACUGGGCCUACCCGCUCAUCCCUGGGACCAGCCUAGGAGGCCCCGAAAGACACCUUAGGGCUUCGGCUGGUUCACAGGUUGAGCACAGUUUGCCCACAGUCAGUAGGCUAUAAAUAGAUUAGAUAGGUUAUAAGAUAGGUAGAUGGAUAGAUAGAGAUAGAUUGAUAGAUAGAUGUGGUGGUUUCACU